CUCGCUCACUCCAGCUGCAGCCACUCUUGCCCGUGGCUGCUUCCUCCAUCCUGGUAUUUUUUGGAGCCUCCAUCCUGGUUCUUCCAAAGUGCCCGGACCCAAAACAGGAAAGUGUUGCAGAGGUAGGAACAUGGAGGAGAAACAAUCUGGAUAACAUGAAAGUGAUGCUGGUGGCCAAGGGAAGGCAACUCGAUUCUGUAGGAAGGGCUAUAGCUGAUCCAUCUGUUUUCUAGAUUUGAGUAUGAGCACAGUUGAAGAGGAUUCUGACACAGUAACAGUAGAAACUGUGAACUCUGUGACUUUGACUCGGGACGCAGACGGGAACCUCAUUCUUCACUGCCCUCAGAAUGAAGCCGAUGAAAUAGACUCAGAAGAUAGUAUUGAACCUCCACAUAAAAGGCUUUGUCUGUCUUCUGAGGAUGAUCAAAGUAUUGAUGAUUCCACUCCUUGCAUAUCAGUUGUUGCACUUCCACUUUCAGAAAAUGAUCAGAGCUUUGAGGUGACCAUGACUGCAACCACAGAGGUGGCAGAUGAUGAGAUUACUGAGGGAACUGUGACACAGAUCCAGAUUCUACAGAAUGAGCAACUAGACGACAUAUCUCCCUUGGGUAAUGAGGAGGUUUCAGCAGUUAGCCAAGCAUGGUUUACAACUAAAGAAGAUAAGGAUUCUCUAACUAACAAAGGACAUAAAUGGAAGCAGGGGAUGUGGUCCAAGGAAGAAAUUGAUAUUUUGAUGAACAAUAUUGAACGCUAUUUGAAGGCACGCGGAAUAAAAGAUGCUACAGAAAUCAUCUUUGAGAUGUCAAAAGACGAAAGAAAAGAUUUCUACAGGACUAUAGCAUGGGGUCUGAACCGGCCUUUGUUUGCAGUUUAUAGAAGAGUGCUUCGCAUGUAUGAUGACAGAAACCAUGUGGGAAAAUACACACCUGAAGAAAUUGAAAAGCUCAAGGAGCUCCGGAUAAAGCAUGGCAAUGACUGGGCAACAAUAGGGGCGGCGCUAGGAAGGAGUGCCUCUUCUGUCAAAGAUCGGUGCCGGCUGAUGAAGGACACUUGCAACACAGGGAAGUGGACAGAAGAAGAAGAAAAGAGACUUGCAGAGGUGGUUCAUGAAUUGACGAGCACUGAGCCAGGUGACAUAGUCACACAGGGUGUGUCUUGGGCAGCUGUGGCAGAGCGAGUGGGUACUCGCUCAGAAAAGCAGUGUCGUUCUAAGUGGCUCAACUACCUGAACUGGAAACAGAGUGGAGGUACUGAGUGGACCAAGGAAGAUGAAAUCAAUCUCAUCCUCAGGAUAGCAGAGCUUGAUGUAGCUGAUGAAAAUGACAUAAACUGGGAUCUGUUAGCAGAGGGAUGGAGCAGUGUCCGUUCACCACAGUGGCUUCGAAGUAAAUGGUGGACCAUCAAACGGCAAAUUGCAAACCAUAAGGAUGUUUCAUUUCCUGUCUUGAUAAAAGGUCUUAAACAGUUACAUGAGAAUCAAAAAAACAACCCAACGCUUUUGGAGAAUAAAUCAGGAUCUGGAGUUCCAAACAGUAAUUCCAAUUCCAGCGUACAGCAUGUUCAGAUCAGAGUUGCCCGCUUGGAAGACAAUACAGCCAUCUCUCCAAGCCCCAUGACAGCCCUGCAGAUUCCAGUCCAGAUCACCCAUGUCUCUUCAGCAGACUCCCCUGCUGCUACUGUUGACUCGGAAACAAUAACACUAAACAGUGGAACACUACAGACAUUUGAGAUUCUUCCAUCUUUCCAUUUACAGCCCACUGGCACUCCAGGCACCUACCUGCUUCAAACAAGCUCAAGCCAAGGUCUUCCGCUAACUCUGACCGCUAGUCCCACAGUAACCCUGGCAGCUGCUGCUCCUGCUUCUCCUGAACACAUCAUUGUUCACGCUUUAUCUCCAGAACAUUUGUUGAACACAAGUGACAACGUCACAGUGCAGUGUCACACACCAAGAGUCAUCAUUCAGACAGUUGCCACAGAAGACAUCACCUCUUCCAUAUCCCAAGCAGAACUGACAGUGGAUAGUGAUAUUCACUCAUCUGAUUUUCCUGAGCCUCCAGAUGCCCUAGAAGCAGACACUUUCCCAGAUGAAAUUCAUCAGCCUAAGAUUACUGUAGAGCCAUCAUUUAAUGAUGCUCAUAUAUCCAGAUUCAGUGACCAAAAUAGCACAGAACUGAUGAACAGUGUUAUGGUCAGAACAGAAGAGGAAAUCUCUGACACCCACCUUAAACAAGAGGACGCACCCUCCCCUUUAGCCCGGGCUUAUGUUACCGAGGAUUUAGGGUCUCCUACCAUAGAAGAACAAGUUGAUCAAACAACAAUUGAUGAUGAAACGAUACUUAUCGUUCCUUCACCACAUGGCUUUAUCCAGACAUCUGAUGUUAUAGAUACUGAAUCUGUCUUGCCUUUGACAACACUAACAGAUCCCAUAUUCCAACAUCAUCGAGAAGAAUCAAACAUCAUUGGAUCAUCUCUGGGCAGUCCUGUUUCAGAAGACUCAAAAGAUGUUGAGGAUUUGGUAAACUGUCAUUAGGUAAUUCUUAGAAACAGGUAGUUCAGGCAAAGAAGCCACACUGUUAAUUACAACAUCUCCAAAGAAAUAGGAGCAACCCCCAAGAGGCUUAAUUUACCAUUCCUCUGGCUUUUAAAUAGCUACAGUGCUCAAGCCACAUACAGUGUUGCUGCUAUGACUUUUUACCUCCUUUAAAUAUAUCAUCUGAGGUCUAAUCUUAUGACAGUGUAGUUGAGUGGAGCACUGGGGUCUUUCUUAACUGUAUAGAUCCUAGUGAUUAGUGUUACUUGUCAGCAGGGAAUUUCAUUCACUUUAGCUGAGAGAAGUUUAAAAUCACCAAAGCUUAUUAACUACUGUUUUAAAAGCAGUAAUAUUCAUCUCUAAAGAUCAGACAUGGCACUCUCUCCAGUCUCAAAUAGGCCUGUGUUUGUAUUUCAGAGAAGUUACAUCAACAUGGUCUAGAGUUUACUAGUGACCUUGUCCACAAAGAUUAUCUUCUAAGUAGUGUGAGACUUGGGGCGCCGUGGUUACUUCGGGUUUACCCGUUGCUGGCAGUGGGGGCUGGGCAAAGAGGAGAGCAUUAGGAGGCAUUAGGAGAGUAGGAAAUUCACUACAGGCUUGUUUUAGUAUGGGUGAGAGCAGGAAGAGGAAAUUCACGAGGAGCUAAGAGUUUUCACCCCCUCAGAACCCACUGUCAUCAGUUUACAAAGUUAGCACUUUGAAGUAAAACUAAAUGGGAAAGUAAAGUUGCCUAUCUAUGCCAUGACCUUUUAUUACAUGUCUUGCUAUGUAAGUUACCCAGGAAAUAGUUGAGGAGAGGAUCAGAGUUUGCAGUUCACUUUGUGCAUUAACUGAUGGGGGUUUGAUAUAACUUCUCCCUCUCAGGCAAUUUUAAAAAACAAAAUUUUGCUUCUGUAAUGAAAGGAAACAAAUCAAGAGUCAUUCCUAUACCAGAGAAGGUUAAGCCAAAAUUAGCCUCUAGGGCUUUAAUGAAUAUGACCCCUAUAGAAAA